AUGACAUCUGAAGUCUUUCCUGCAACUCGCACCCACUUUGAUUCAAAUGCCUACUUCACCGAUCUUGUGGAAGAUCUCGUCUCCACGGAUGGUUUAGGCGAGCCCCCGACUGGUCUCACCUCCAGUAAGAACUUUAUCCAGAAACUGGAGUUUCUACGCCGAAUGGACAGUGGCCCGCUGCAACAGACGCGUUACAGUCCACGCGCCGGAGGUAGACCUCAUGAGGUGGACUACCAAUCAAGCCUACUGACCCACCUGGUUUCCAUGACCUUCCCCGGGACCGGAGAAUCUCUUUUGCAUCUGGCGGCCAGGUAA